ACUAAAACCGCUUUUUAACCCCUGAAAGGUACGACCAGCACCCCCGUCAUUUUUAUAUGGGAGACCCCCAGGGGCGUCAAACUUACAAUGCUCACCUCCCAGUAUAGAACAUGAUAGAGGUAUUUUGUGUCUGUUUCGCUCGCUCGCCUUAGAACGUGUUGCAACCCCGAUCUCAGAUCCUUUUACUUUGUACCCUAUGGUUGGGGACCGAGCCCCAAGAGAGUCUGUUUCUUUCCCUUUUGUUUACAUAUUUGUCUGUUUCUCGCUUUACUACACAAAGCAUGCACUCGACAAUCCCGCCAACUACGCAGCCUAAUUUCGUCCCGCCCAAUAUCGGGUUCAACCUCUACACAGGGCGGGAAGCUUAGCUAAUUUGCUGCUUGAGUCCUUCGUGUGAAUUUUGUAAUCCAAUGCGGUUUUCUGCACAAAGCAUGCUCGGGGAAAUCCUGCCAACUACGCAGGCUAAUUGACUGCUUGUGUCCCUCGUGUAAAUUUAGUGAGUAACUUUAUUUCAAUCGGGUUGAUGAGGCUGAUUAGGCCCCUAGCAAUACAGUCAAGCUAAUAUGCCGAGAAAAAUGUAUAAAAAAUAUCAAAAAAACAAAACAAAAAAAACAUACAUGAUCAAUUAAUGACUAACAUUCUAACUAUAUCAAUAAAUAAAUCACUCGCUAUCUGUCGGACAGAAAACAUGAGCGGGUCCUCUGUGUUUCGUCUUGGAAAAUCUCGUAGCAGGUUAUCAUAGGUCACGUUUUGGAAUGAAACAAAAAAGAGGAGAAAAAAAAAACAAAACAAAAAAACAGAAAAGUACGUGAAUGCUAUAAUUUCCGGAAGGAUCUCUGUUUAUACCUGCCUAUUUUUGGUCCCCAAACUUGGAAUCUCAUUGUCUUGGAGAAUCACGUACAUUGUACGAAAGGAGUUAUAAAAUUCCAAUUCUGAUAUCGCUUUACUUCCUAGUGACAAAAGUGAGCUAUGUUAUGCAACACAAACUGAAAAGAGCUUAAGAGACCGAUGUUAUUUAUAAAGUUUUUGAGUAACUUGAAGGACAUUUCUUGUUUUUCUGUCAUAUAACCUUGAUUCCUUUGUAUAUCUUGUUAUUUUGGAGUGGAUUAUUUGAGUGGAUUGAAGCCAAUUCAAAAUUGCUUCUUAUGACUUAUAUUCGUCCCCUCGUUUGUUCCUUCUUCGUGCACGUAUGUUCAAGCCGUGUUCUUGCCUUGCUUUGACGCGGAGAUUUUGCCUGACAUCAAAUUCAACCGCAAGCAGAAACCGGUAGUCGGUCGACGCAAUCUACGUUAUGCGAUGCAAGCUUUAUUCCUUUACAGAAGCUAAAAGCGGCAGAGUGUUAUCCCAAAGCAAAAUCUUUUCUGCCUUAUCUCGACAAAGUUCAAGGAUGGCGGAAAAAGCACUUGACACUAGACCGUCAUUCGAGAAAACAGUCUUUUUUAAUUUCUUGAGAUUAGCCUCUUCACGCUCUCGAUCAGCAAUCACGACCUUGGCCUUCUUUAUUCAAUAUUUUACACUGAGAGUUGCUAUUAAAUCCUGCAAGCCUUCUCUGACCCGAUCAGCAUAAUAAUAAAGGAUUUGCGCUUCAGGAACGCCUAUGCUGAACGAGAGUGCUGGCGAGAAAGACACUUUCCAGAAGUUUGUUUGAUCCUGUGCCACUCGGUUAGUAUAUAUUAACCUUACUAUAAUUCACUGAGACCCCAAAAUACGCUGCCCGCUACUCUGUUCUAGAGUAGAUAUUUUUACCGACCCAGUCUGUUUUCCUUUUUUUUUCUCGGUUCUUUUAAAGGUCAGCUUGUUCAGGGGUAAAAUUUCCAAAACCUGACAGCGGUAUGUACCGUUAAGCCAGUAUAAUGGUUUCCUUCCCUUUGGCUGAUGGGUCUUGAUAUUGCCGACAAAAGAAUGAUAACAAAACAUUGUGAUUUAACUUAUUGAUAAUCUCGCUACUUUAUUCAAACUGGAAAGUUUAACAAAUCUGGGCUCACUUCUGUUUCAGUCUGUAUUUUUGAUUGCUUCCCUUUCGUUCCCUGUUGUUGUUGUCGGGGUUUUUUUUGUUUUUUGUUUUUUUUUUUAUUUUUUGUAGACGCAUCUAGACGUUGUUUUCUGUUUCGCGGAGCUGCGUGCGACCCGGUGUACUUUGUGACGGUUUUCAUUACCUGCUCGUUUGACAUGUUCUCAUCACCCUUGAUUUUUUUUUUUCUUGCAAAGAGUCCGGCGGCACAAAAUAGGUGUCUCCAAAACUCAGACCUCGGAAACUCGGACCUCAGAUCUGAAAAAGUCCGACCCUCUGGGUUUCUCAAAAACCCAAAGACCCUAAAAACUCAGACCCCCUUAGUGUCUCGAAAACGCAGACCCUAAAACUAAGCUAGACCCCCUUGGUGUCUUGAAAACUAAGACCCUAAAAACUCAGACCCUCUGCGUGUUUCGAAAAGGCUCACCCUAGAAAUAAGACAAAUUUACAUUGCGUGAUUGCCGCGCAUUACCUCAAGGGGUCUUGUUUACUGUUCGUCGAGACAAUGUCAUAGCAAAACUUGCAGAAAAGGAAGUUGAUUGUCAUAUUCGUUACUAGCUAGCUCUAAAAAGGGCCACUUUAUUUUAAAAUCAGAUGGCCUGAGUUGGAUUGAAGGCCACACAGAACGUAAUCGACAAGAACCGUGUGUUGUGUCGACCGUAAAUGGCGUCAUGUCGAUUGACGACGAAAUCGAGUGUCAUCCAUACAUGAGGAACAUCCUGUCUGGGCCUCUUGGGGAGAUGACUGCAAAAAGACACAGUUCUCCUAGCCCAUUUAUCGGCAGACGGUUAAAUUUUCUUUCAUGCUUGGCAUUCCACCCUUGACGAUAAAAAAAAAUAAAAUCGCAUUUGUCGGUUUUACGUUUAUCGCAUUUGUCGGUUUUACGUUUAACAGGCGCAGUUUGACGCCUUUGAAGGGCUCGUAGACAAAUGACACGGGUGCCACCAGGAAACACGUCUUUCCUCGUGCCUCAAGCACUGUUCUGUCACGCAUCACAGGACGCCCUUGCCCCCUACCCCUCAGUAGAGAGAGCGAUUCAGAGAGCUUCCGUCAAUUUAGCAAGACUUCUGUUCGAGCUGUAAACCUUAGCGAAACUCAACCGCUAGAAAUAUAUUGUAGUAUCAGUCUGAAGAUAUCAAAACAUUUUAUCUGUUUGUGAUCGAUCACGAUAUGAUUGCCGUGACUUGUAUGUUUUAGGUAUUGAUAUGAUCACUGGUUUUGGGUCUUAAAGGUUAAGAGUUUCCUUUUUCACUCCUUUUUAAUCCUUCAGCAUAUUUGACCCCCCACCUAUACCGUCGAUUAUCAGUUCUUUAACUGCUUUUCCCACAAAGAUUCAUAUCUUAAAGGAUUAUCUAUUUUUCCCAAAGCAGAUUUACGUAGGUUUAUUUGCGGUUGCGGCGGAACCUCAAAAAAAUUCAUUUUUUACACAAGAAUUCUGGUACUGCCCGGUUUUCCGGAAGUCCCUCUUGAGCUGAGGGACAUAGGAACCAUGGCACACCCUUCAAUUGACGAUAAAGGUCAAGGAAUGCUUUUUCCGUGUCAGCACGUUUUGAUCUCUUUUAAAAGUGCCUGCGCGCAUGCAAUAGCUCGUGAUUAUGUUUAAUGCUUCAAGUACUAACAACCUUUUAAACAUGCCAAUCUCUUAGUUUAGCUCUAGCGUUCGCGUUUGAUACAAUCAAGCAAGAGGGAAAGAUCAAAGGGACUCAAAGAGAUUCUUACCUCCAUUUGCUUGUCAAACACUCCAGUCCAGAAUAGGAAAGAUUUUCCUCGCCCAGUGCUAACAAAAUAUCGCGCCUCACAGCAAGAACUCAUUGAGAGCAACGUCUCCACAAUAAGAGAUAUCAACAAUUAUGGGUUUGGUCGAAAUUAUUGCUGUGACGAGUCUGGUAUCCUGGGCUUUUCAGUUUUCUGCCUUUGUUUGCCUGUCGCAUGGUACACCUAUAGGAUUUGCUAAUUCCUUGGUAAACAGUAGCGAUCAGAAUUUGACGCCGAGUACAGCUGGGAAAACAGCAGAGGACAUCACCGAGGACGAUUUCCCACCUCUUAAUUUCUACAUCAAAGACGUUCUAACUACUCCACUGGAUAAAUCAAAUCAUACCGGCAACUUCACACCGAACAACUACUUUGCAGAGGUGCACAUCGAAGAAUUGCUUAAUGACACGCGGCAAGACAACCUGUCGCGACUUAACUAUGAAACGUUUUGGUCCAACGGCAGCCUCACGCUCACACUUGUGGACCUGGAAAAACUCGCCAACGGUACAAUAAACGCAACGCACGAUGUAUGGAGCAAGCUUUCAGAACUCGAACUUGAAGACCCAAACUUGCACCCAGGUGAAUUCCACUUGUACAAUGAUCACCACAACACCGGGCGUCAUCGGCGAAGAAGGUACGUGUUUGGUUCAGACGAUCGAAAAGAAGUCACUCUUGAGGAAUCCAAGCGGCUUCCCUAUUCUGCAGUGGUGAGGAUCUCUACGGGCUGCACAGGAACUCUCAUUUCCGAGUACCACGUUCUUACCGCGGCGCACUGUGUUCAUAGCGGGCUAAAAUGGAAUUUUGACGAUCCUAAGGAGCUGAAAGUGUUCAUAUUGCGGCAUCAGGGCAAAGUGAUACAGAUUGGAGUCGAUUACGUAAAAGUCCCGCGGGGUUGGACUCUGUCUCGGGAUUUCCGCUACGAUUACUCAGUGAUAAGACUCCGUCGACCUCACAAGAAUGAGUACUUAGGCUUGUAUGAAAUCCCCGCGAAAUUCUCAUUUGAAUUGAAGAUCCAGUUUGCUUCGUUUCCUGCUGACAAACGCUUGAACACCGUCUGGUAUUCUUACUGCAAUUCUUUUUGCGUCAAUCACGCCAUUCUGAACCGCUGUGAUUCGUUCUACGGUAGUUCUGGAGCGGGGGUCUUUGGCAAAAAAGGUAAAGGGGACAAAGCGGAACGAUUCGUCAUGGGAGUGUUCUCUGGCUCGUUGCGCGUAAAGUACCGCGGGCGACAAAAGAAACGUCGCAUGAACGUCGCCACGAAGAUCACGCCACUAAAGUUGGCCCAGAUUCGCGCUUGGAUGGAUUCACCUCCAAGCAAAUCCUGAAGCGCUUACACGCAUGAAGCCGUCGCUAAGAUGCCCGUUCACCCGAAUGACUUGAGUCCAUAGGAGGCUCCGAUCAACUCGAAAGCAAAAUCUGCCACGCCCCCCACAACCCCAAAAACUCAGCUAAUAUGGAAUAAUGCGGCGACGUAAUGGCCGAGACUGCGGAGCUGUUGGUCAUGUGACCUAUCUAACAAAAUAAUUUUAGAUCGUAGCAUUUACGUCAAGAAACUCUAUAUCAAAGCUGUCAUAUUUAAUGACCUUUCACUCCAGCCAUGUCGCCUUUCGAAUUCAAUCUUGUCUCCACAUUCAGAAACCACCUAUCUUCGCUAUUUAAAAAUUAGAAAGCGAAUGAUCUACUUGCUUUAGUAGAAUUCUAACUAAAUUUCUUUCGAAUAAUGAUUUCCGAUUAGUUUUCUUCCCCGCGCGUGCGGACGUCGCCAUUUUGUAGACGACUGCUAAAUAAAUAGUAGCCUCCAUUUGGCGCCAAAGUAUGCUCGGAUAUUUGUCCUCGCCUUGCGUGCGGGGGCUGCGGACAGCCAAAACCAAGCUGUCCCACCGAAACGACGGGAUAAUAGUCUUUUUCUUCGCAGCUAACAAAAAAUAAAGAAAUAAAAAAUAAAGUUGAUUUGGCCUCUUCUAAUGUUUAACUUGAGAAUUCUGGGUUUAAGCUGCCUGGCGACAGCGAUCGGAGAGCGAGUUCCGAGCGCGGGCGACCAAUUUUUGACGCCAAAUUAAAAGCUUGGAGAAACAAAAUGUUUCCAAUUUUUCACUUUUUACGAUCUAAUUUGGUUUUAAAAUUAUAAAUCCCUUUUCGUGAAUAUUUUAGAACACUCUCUCCAGCAAGAAAAGUCGCCCGACUUCAGUGUUUUUCCCGCUAACAUGCAUAUGACAUCAGGACAGCUCAGUUUUUCCUGCCGGCUGAAUCCCGAUUGAUCAAUUCAAAUUUUAGUUGGCGCACCGACCGUAUGCAAGGCGAACGUUAUCUAUUCCGAGAAGCGAACAGUGUUCCGAGAGCGAAGUGUAAGCUUCGAGGGACAGAUAAUGUUCAAGGAUAAACAUCCGAGCAUAUACUGUAAGCCAGUUGGGAACUAUUUUGUUUAUUAUCCCUCCAAUGUUUUUCACAACACGAGGCAUAUUCAACCACGUGACGCAUUUAAACCAAUCGCGUGCGAGCGAACUUAUUUGAUGGAUUACAAUAGAUGACAAUAUAAGGCAGCUCAGCCAAUCACAUUGCAGCAUUUGAAUUAAUGUACUAGUAUGUUGGCAUUUUCUAAUUUCUAAUAUUUACUAGAAGACAGUUCUUUUUGACAUGGCUAGGUCACUCAGCUAAGAAUGGUCGAAUAUUGAAGAUAUCAAUUAAGGCAAAAGCGACGUUUUAUUUCAUUUCACAAUUCACAACGCAGUAUUUAGGCAAAACCAAUCUAUAUUAAUGGGCCGUUUUUUUCCACGAAGGCGGUGUGUAGCUUUCGAAUUGACCAGGGCAUCGUGUAGUGGAAUAUUAGCUUAUUUAACUGAAUUUAACCCGGUCAAAAUAAAUGGCAAAAAAGUUGUAUUUAA